UUUGACCCAGACACAACUCAGCAGCCAAAAUGAACAGCGUGUACAGCGAGCAGCCAAUUUCGAGCUUUGUGUUCAGCACCGAGGGCACCCAGCAAUCCUUCCACCAUCAGUGGCAUGUGGGGGAGCAGUUGCAUGAGUGCAGCAGCUGCUACAGCAGCAUCGAUGCCGAUGAGCCGCCCAGCCAGCACUGGCUGCGACAUGCCGAAGACCAACGCCCCCAACUCAGCAAACAGCAGCAGGCUGUCCUGGACAUCAUUGAGGCACGUCAAAUUGAGACAUUCUUCUUCUGUGACGAGAGUGCCCAGCAUCAGUUGCAGCAAUUCAUGGCGGAGACUUGCGAUCGAGCUGUGCCCGAGUUGCUGCGCUGGAUGUUCCACAAUGGCACACAGCGAGUCGAGUUCAAUGUGGCGUGCUAUGUGCACGUCCAGAAUCAGGUGCUCAUCUUCCAGAGCGGUACACUUUGCGUCCAGCAUCACUACGACAUUGAGGAAUGCGUCAGCGUUGUCUACGAGCUGAUGACCCAGCGCAUUGCCAACUAUCUGUGCAGCAGUCACGAUGUCAGCCUCGAGGAAUGCAGCAUUACCCGCAUGCGUAUCCAGUUGAAACGCAGACGCGAUGAUAAUGAAUCUUCCGAAUCCCCCUCAGCACUGCCGCUGCAGCUGCGUCAGGAGUCGAUAACUGGCAACAGUACCAGCAGCAGCAGCAGCAGUGAGACGGAAUUGGCCAGUUUGCGGGCAGCCUACGUUAAACAUCAGCGUGAAUGCAACGGCUAUUUUCCGUCGAAUAUGCGCGUUAAUCUGUACGGCUUGCAACAGUGCCGCAUCACCAAGGAGCUGUAUGUGGUGCCAUAUCACAUUAGCGAGACCUUGCAGCAGCGACCCAACAAGAAUUUCCUCAUCUUGAACGAUAUUAUGGGGCAGUUUCAGCGACUGCACGAGUUGCAUGCCCCUGUGGCAGCGGCGAAUAACAGCAACCGUUCCCGUUCGCGUCCCUUGAAGUGCCGGCGGUGUCGAGUGGAGUUUAAGUGCCGCAGCCGGUUGCACAUCCAUCAGGAGUUGCGUUGCGGCCAGGACUUUAGCGUGGACAGCAUGCAUCCGGAUAUUGUCGAGGUCUACGAGCAAUGCCUGCCCAUUUCGCGCUGUGCCUCACAGUACGCCUGCUAUGGCAUUACGAGACCCAAAACAAUUAUGCGCAAGGGUCAAUUUGUGCCCAUCGAAUGCGACUGGCGCAGAAAGAGCUCCGUUCAGGUGCAACAUGGUCCCUGCGUGGUUAUUAGCAAUGCUCAGUUCACUAGUCCCUGUAAAUAG